AUGUCGCAAGUCGGUAACCCUGAAUGGCCACCAAGGUCACCCCACGACGUCUUGAAGAGCACUCCCGGUGGUCGUAAACGCCUUCAACUCCUCGCAGAACGCCGCUCUCCAUCUCCUUCGCCAUUGAAACGGACGGGCUCAACACAUUCGAUAAGGAACAGGGGGAAGGACUUGAUGAAAUUAGAUAUGGAUGGGGGUGAUUCAGACGACGAUGAAGAGACACUUCAGCUACAGCUGCAAGAGAUCCAAGCGCGAUUGAAGCUCAAGAAGCUGCAGAAGAAGUCGAAACAGGGCUCGGAUACGGAGAAUGAGGCCAGGACAGGCUCAAGGCCACUUUCUAGGGCAAAUUCGGUGGCCGCGAGUCGUGCGCAGGCAAGGGUUGAAGGAUUGAGAGAGGAGCGGUUGGAGAAGGAGAGGUCGAUGUCACAGGCUGGCAUCAAUGUUCCUGUAUCUCCUCUUCGAAGAGCACAGCCAGCCCAGGCUCACACGUCGCCGCAAAGGGUACUUUUAGGCAUCGACAAGGGGCUUACAGGUAGAGAUAUUUCGUUAAAGAGGGCACCAAGUCUACGAAAAAGGGAAGAUGCCGAAGUUCCGGAGAGGCGACUGGGUCCUUUCCUACAGAGACCAGCCUCCCAAGCUGCAGGGCGAGAUGGCUCAUUUGCGUCUUCUCGAGAUGAAGACCGGCCUAAAUCGUUCAGUGAACGGAUGGCUGCCAUGAGAGCACAGCAGACCGAUCGACAGGAAAGGGAGUUGCGUAUCAAGAGAAAUAGGAGUACAGCGUUCAACAUCGACCAGGACCAGAUGCAAAGUUUCAAGGAAGCUGCAGUAGAAUUUCCGAGCGCUCCUCACCGAGCACCGGAAUUCAGCAGAGACGAUAUAUUGAAUGGAAUCAAUAAGCCUAGUAGCACCAUACCACGGAGUAAAACGACGCCGAAUCUUCGUUCGGCUAUGAGAGAUUCUAGCGCUACUACGAAUAGCACCUCAACAGCCAGAACUGAUUCUCGCGCAUCAGUGGACAUACCUCCAAGGAAACGGGAAGCUGUCAAACCCAACGUUCCACCAAGUGAAGUCACGGAGGCAGAUGCUUCACAAUUCGAACCAUAUUCAACCGCACAUCUUUCAAAACGAAUCAUUCCACACCAAGUGCUCACACGUACCCUCACUGGGAAAAAGACAUUCCUCGUCCCAGAUCUUCUUAGAACAGUCAAAGCCCCAGACUUUCAAGGUCCAGACAUAGAAGAGGAUGUAGUAGUCUUUGCAAUCAUUGCUAAGAAGACCCAGCCUAUGAAACAUAAUCAAAAUGCUAAAAACGACAAUCGGGGUAAAUAUAUGAUUAUGGGUUUGACGGAUCUCAAAUGGGAACUAGACCUAUUCCUCUUCGACUCAGCCUUCGACAAAUUCUGGAAACUCACCACAGGCACCAUCAUAGCGAUCCUGAACCCCGGUUUCAUGCCUCCCCCAAAAGGUCGCGAAGACACCGGCAAAUUCAGUCUAGUCCUAAACUCUGAUGCAGACACCAUUCUAGAGAUCGGCUCAGCGCGAGACUUGGGAUUCUGCAAAAGUAUCAGAAAGGAUGGCAAGACCUGCGACUCCUGGGUCGACAAACGCCACACCGAGUUCUGCGAUUUCCACGUUAACCAAACCCUAGCCAAAACACACUCCAAACGCAUGGAAGUAAACACCAUGAAUUUCGGCAAGGGUGACUACGGCCGCCGGAAAUACAACUCGCAAGACGUGACCAACCGCGGCAAGAAAGAAGCAGACCAGAAAGUUCGCUAUGACAAGGGAUCACAUAGUCAGAUAUACGUCAAUAACAAGACCACAGUCAACAAGCUCGACGACGUGGAUUUCGACCCUGAUGCAUUUCACCGUGGCUCUAGCAAGGAAGAGCGGAUGACGAGACAGCUGCUGGCGAAGGAGAAAGAGAGGGAUUUAGAGGACAAGCUGCGGACGAUGGGGGAGGGGCUUGGUGCUGUUUAUAUGCGCCCUAAGCCCUCUAAUUCCAAAGCUCAUCCCAGCCAUUCCCACCCAUCGAAUGAUAUAGCGCCUACUGAUGCAGCGUCCCUCGGUCUCUUGAGCGGGAAAGCAAAAGAUGUAGCGCUCUCACCUAUCAAACGAAAACGAGCAAAUACGGGUUCUAGCUCCGCUGCUAUUGGCUGGGGAAAUAACUUAAGCAAGGAGUUGGGUAGGAUGAAAGAUGGAGAGAGUCUGCAGCCUGUCAAGAAGAAGACGCGGUUUGUGACUGAGAAGGGGAUUAGGGAGGCGGGCAGGGAGAGUUUGGGGGGUGAGGUUGCGAAGGAGAUGAUAGUUACUUUUAGUAGUGAUGAUGAUGAUGAGCUUGAUAUUGUCAGGGAAUGA